AUGACUAGGAGGGAGGCUGACAUCUCCCCAGAGGUCGUUACUGGUACGGUUCUUAUCUAUGAUCUUACCGCUUAUGCGUUGAUUGAUCCUGGUGCUACUCAUUCAUUCAUAUCUUCUGCAUUCUCACGUGGGUUGCCUGUGCACUCUGAAAUGUUGAACAAGAAUGUGAUUUUUCGAGGGACUAGACAGGUGGUGCCUAGUUGCCUAGUCUCGGCCACCAAGGUGGUGAGUUUGAUGAAGGAAGGCUGUGAAGUGUAUCUGGCUUAUGUGACUAAGGGCAAACCGGAAUUGAAACCUGAAAAUGUUCCGGUUGUGAAGGAGUUCCUGGAUGUGUUCCCUUCGGAACUGCCAGGAUUACCUCCGGAAAGAGAAAUAGAUUUCACUAUUGAACUGAUACCGGGCAUUGCUCCGAUCUCUGUAUCUCCGUAUCGGAUGUCUCCGUUAGAAUUGAAAGAACUGAAGGAGCAACUUCAAGAGUUGCUAGAUAAGGGGUUUAUUAGACCUAGUGUCUCCCCUUGGGGCGCUCCGGUAUUAUUCGUGAAGAAGAAGGAUGGAACUUUUCGUAUGUGUAUUGACUAUCGGAAGCUCAACAAGUUAACGGUUAAGAAUAAAUAUCCGUUACCUUGGAUUGAUGAUUUGUUUGACCAACUACAAGGAUCAAGGGUCUUUUCCAAGAUUGAUCUAAGAUCAGGCUAUCAUCAAUUAAGGGUAGCGGAUGAGUCCAUACCGAAGACAGCUUUUCGUACUAGGUAUGGGCAUUACGAAUUUCUUGUUAUGCCUUUCGGGUGGACAAAUGCUCCAGCUGUUUUCAUGGCACUGAUGAACCGAGUGUUUCAUGAAUAUCUAGAUAAGUUCGUGAUCGUCUUUAUUGAUGAUAUUCUAGUGUAUUCUGGAAGUGAAGAAGAGCACCGGGAGCAUUUAAGAAUCAUACUGCAGAUUCUGAGGGAAAAGCAGUUGUAUGCUAAGUUCAGCAAAUGUGAAUUUUGGAUGGAUCAAGUAGUAUUUUUGGGCCAUGUGGUGUCUGAGAGAGGUAUAGAGGUGGAUCCAAGGAAAGUAGAAGCAGUGAUACAAUGGGAGCCACCGAAAAAUAUACCUGAACUAAGAAGUUUCCUUGGCAUGGGCGGAUACUACAGAAGAUUCAUUGAGGGGUUUUCUAUGAUUGCUGCACCAUUGACAAAGUUACUGAGGAAAGAACAAUCUUUUAUAUGGGAUAAUAAAUGUCAAUCCAGUUUCGAAGAGUUGAAGCGGAAGUUAACCACUGCACCGGUUGUUGCCCUUCCCUCAGGAACUGGAGGUUAUGUGGUAUACAGUGAUGCUUCGCAUCAAGGGUUAGGAUGUGUUCUCAUGCAGCAUGGUAAAGUAAUUGCUUAUGCUUCCAGGCAAUUACGACCGUAUGAGAAAUCUUAUCCGACUCAUGAUUUAGAACUGGCGGCUGUGGUAUUUGCCUUAAAGAUUUGGCGUCAUUAUUUGUAUGGUGAGACUUUUCAUAUCUUUACUGAUCAUAAGAGUCUCAAGUACUUGAUGGAGCAAAAAGAGCUAAAUCUUAGGCAUAGGAGGUGGUUAGAGUUGUUGAAAGAUUACGACUGUACCAUCGAAUACCAUCCAGGCAAAGCAAAUGUUGUGGCAGAUGCUUUGAGUCGAAAGACCAAGCAUCGUACUAGAAAUGAGGAGACUGGUUUAAUGGCAAAUUUUAUUUCUUUGAGAGCUAUGAGUGUUGAAUUGGAAAUGAAUUCCGUAGGAGGGUUAUUGGCGACUUUACAAGUGCGACCAAUUCUGAGAGAAAGAAUUAUUAAAGUUCAGGGUCAAGACCCUGAAUUGAGGAAGAUUAUUGAUAAGAGUCGUAAAGGGGAAGAAACCAAAUUCACACUUCGAGAUGGAGUUCUGACACUAAAUGAAAGACUUUGUGUUCCAAAUGUGGACGAAUUGCGAAGGGAGAUUUUGGAAGAAGCUCAUUCCUCUCCUUAUGCAAUGCAUCCUGGAACUAAAAAAAAUGUACCGUUCGUUGAGAUCUCAUUAUUGGUGGCCAAGGAUGAAGAAAGAAGUGGCUGA